AUGUCAACUCCCUCGUCACAUGACCAAACCCCCAAACUCUACGUCUCCCAAUCCUCCGCCCUCUCCUUCGCCCAAAGACUUCUCGAAGCAAAUGGAGUACCCCCCGAAAAUGCAGUUAUCAUAGCCAAAGCGCUUGUGCUUGCCGAUCUCCGGGGCGUCGACACGCACGGCAUCAACCGUCUCCCCUCGUACUUUCUCCGCAUCCGGAACAACCUCCUAAACCCCCUCGCCUCGCCCACCCUUUCCCAAAUAACACCCGUCGUAGCCCAGGUGGACGGACACAACAGUUUCGGCUUCCUAUCAGCACAUUUAGGAAUAGAAAAAGGGAUUGAGAUGGCGAAGACGUAUGGGAUAGGCAUGGUGUCCGUCAAGCACAGUAAUCAUUUCGGCAUGGCUGCCUGGGUUGUACAGCAGGCUCUUGACGCCGAUAUGAUGAGUCUCGUUUUCACGAAUUCCAGUCCUGCGCUGCCGGUUUGGGGAGGAAAGGCGAAAUUGAUGGGCGUUUCACCCAUCGCGUGCGGUGCACCGGGACGAGAUGGAGGAAGAGAUUUUAUACUCGACAUGGCGCCGAGCGUUGCUGCAAGGGGGAAGAUUUAUAAAGCGAAGAGGAGAGGGGAGAAAAUUCCGCUUGAUUGGGCUUUGGAUAAGGAAGGGGAGAGGACCGAUGAUCCGAGCAAAGCGUUAGAGGGUGUGAUGUUACCGAUGGGCGGCCCGAAAGGCAGUGCAUUGGCUGUUAUGAUGGAUGUUUUCUCGGGGGUUUUGUCAGGGAGUAAGUUUGCGGGGGAGGUGAAGGGGCCGUAUGAUGAGACGGGGGAAGCGGAUGUUGGGCAUUUCUUUGUGGUAUUGAGACCGGAUUUGUUUAUGGAGCUUGGGGAGUUUAGGGAGAGGAUGGGAGUGUUGUAUGAUAGGGUGACGGGGUGUGAGAGGAUGAAGGGUGUGGAGAGGAUUUUCUUUCCGGGCGAGAUUGAACAAGUUAUUCAUGAAGAGAGACUCAAGACGGGGAUUCCGUAUGUGCAAGCUGAGAUUGAGGCAUUGAAUAGGGAGGCGGAGUUGGUGGGGAGUAAGAAGAUUGAGAUCAUGUCGUAA